AUGGUUGUCACCUGCGAGUUUCGCAUCCCGAUGCCGAUGACGGUACAGGAGUACUUCACUGCGCAGCUCUAUAUGACCGCCAAGACCACGAGGAUGGAGGCUGAACGGGUGGGAGGAGCGGGGGUAGAGAUUCUCAAGAACGAGCCGUGCGAACAUCCCAAGCAUGGACGAGGGCAGUACACGCUCAAGGUCUAUCACUUCCACCACAAACUCCCGCGAUGGUUGCGAGCCGUGGUUGCCAAGAACAAGGCGACGCUGAGAGAAGAGAGUUUCAACUGCUUCCCUUACAUCAAGACCACCCUCACCAUCGAGUCCUUCAAGAAGUUCCAAGUCGUGGUGGAGACCCAACACCUCCCGAGCACGGAGGAGGAGAACGCGCACCAUCUGAAUCAGAAGCAUCUCAAGGGGCGCAAGGUGGAGUACCUGGACAUCGCCAUGGACGAGGUGGAUCAGGAUGAGACCGGGACGAUGGGAAGUGAAGACCCGAAGAAGUUCCGAUCGCUCAAGACAGGACGAGGACCUCUGAAAAAAGACUGGAGGAAGACUUCACGCCAGCUCAUGUGCGCGUACAAGCUGGGGGGUGAACCCAAGUUCGACUACUUCGGUCUGAGGUCAAAGGUCGAAGAUUUCAUCAUCAACUACGAACGAAAUCUGUUCCUGUCAACUCACAAGCAAAUCUUCUGCUGGAUGGACGAAUGGUAUGGCCUGUCAAUCCAACAGGUGAAGAAGAAUGAGAAACUCUUUCUUGCUGCUUCCUCUCUUGAUUCUUCUCUCUCCUCUUCUCUGGUGUAG